CUUGUCAAAAAGUUAGGCUGUUGUUUUCGGCAGCAGCUCGGUUGUGAUUCCGGCAUUUACUGUCGAAAAAUUAAAUAAUAAUGGUGAAAAAUGGCGUCGGCUGGUGAAAUUUUGUGUUCUAAUUGUAAUGAGGAUCCAAAUUUCGCCAUAAUUUGUUCAUUCUUCGAAAGGUUCGGGGAAAAAUGUGGCUUAGUUCAACCUUCGUUUGAGGAGCUUCAGGAGAUGUUGGAAAACACAGAUGAAGCUCCUCAACCUCUCGUAGAUCUGCACAUAAAAUUGUUACGUAAAGCAAGAAAGUCUGUGAAUCCAGAAAAAUGGGAAAGAGCUCUCACCAAGUUUGCUCACACGUACUCAAAUCAAGACGGUUGGGAGCUGGAGCGAUUUGGCUACAAAAAAUCAAAACUAUCGGUUAAACUUCGUAUCCUGAAGGAAUUAUUAGAGGUUCAGUUUGACACCAACAUAAAAUUUAAAAAUGAAAUUAACAAACUUACUGCUGAAGACCUGCGCAUUGACCCAUUAGGUCGUGAUAAUAAUGGUGUUGUUUAUUGGUGUCAGUUUGAUCCUGUCUCAAAUGUCAGAAUUUACCGAGAAGAUCUGGAUGAUGAAAGCUGGGCAGUUGCAGCGAAGAACCGUGCUGAACUUAUGGUAUUGCUACGGAGUCUCUCUGGAGGGGCUGAUUUCUCAGAAAUAUACACAAAUGAUGACAGCAGCAGUCAACCGGUUUUGGACACAGGCCAAAAACUGUAUACAAACCUCCCUCCAGGAUGUGUUAGAAUUUCAACUUUCGAAGGUGGCAUCAUCACGCCUCAAGGGAUCAAAUUCGAACAACCCGGAUCAUCACCUGUCAAAACAGAAUCUGUUAAAACGGAACCCAUCAAGACAGAGCAGGUUAAGGCUGAGCCUGAAGCAGGGCAAGAUGAUUCAAUCAAAUUGUCAAUAUCAAACAACUUUAAGAAACUACUGUCUAACCCAGACAAGGCCGGCUCACUGAUAAAGAAAAUUGGUCUAGUUAGUGGGGUUUCCGUGAAUGGAGUGAAAGAGCAGGCCAGCUCAAGUAAUCAUGAAGAAAGUGAUGCAAGCUCGAACCCUGCUAAUGAUAUCAAAAUGAGGUUCUCGCUUUUGAAGAAGAAUAGCCAUGCAAGUAAUGAUAUAGCGUCUAGACGUGUGAAUCCUGAUGCAUCGACUGAACAGUCCGCAGAAGAAGAUGAAGAUGAUGGAAAUGAAGAAGAUGAAGAAGGAGAGGAAGUAGAUGAAGAAGAAGAAGAAGAAGGAGAAGAAGUAGAGGAAGAAGAAGAUGCUGAAGGAGAAGAAGUGGAUGGAGAAGAGGAGGAGGAAGGAGCUGAAGUGGACGGAGAAGAAGAGGAAGGAGAAGAAGGGGAGGAGGAAGAAGAAGAUGAUGAUGAAGAAGGAGAAGAAGAGGAAGAAGAAGAAGUAGAAAAAUCAAAAGUAUGCAAAAGUGAAUCCAAAGACUUAUCAAACAAGCUAGAAAAAAAUGGGGUACAAAAUAAAAUUUCGGAGGAAGAGGCAAUGCAAAGUAGCAAAUCAACAUCAAAAAGCUCUGCUAAAAUAACAACAAUCAAUGAAAAUUCAUCCGGGAAAACCAAUGCGACAAGUGUGCCACCGAAAAAUUCUCCAGUGCCUGAUGGUAAAAAGUCUGCUGAUUUAACUUCUAAAUCAAAUAAUGAGUCUGAAAAUGGAUUGACCGCUAAAGCCAACGGUGAUGCACUCAAAAAUGCUGUCACGAAACUAAAGAGGAAAUUGAGCGAGGAUAUUGCUCCAAAUCCUAAGAAAGUGCACAUUGAAGAUGUCAAAGAUAGUAAAAAAGUUCAGGACUCAAAAGAAGAGAUAGGUGAAGCAAUCGAAGAACCAGUCAUGAUCGUCAAAGGUGAAGGCUCUGGUGCUGAGUGUAACGAUGGUAAUAGUUUUCUGCUGUUUAAUGAUCUUUCCACUGAAAGAGUCAGUCUAGAAGCUCCAAGCGAAGAAUCUCUCAGAGAUGAUUUCUCAGAAGAUGACUGUUUUAUUGGUGAAGCUAUUGAGGAACCAGUUUUAAUAUUCUUUGGUGAAGGUGCAGGUGCAGAAUGUGAUAUGGGCAACUUACACCAAGAGGAGAGGAAGACAGAGGCUGAUAAAAAUUGUGAAAAAUUAGCUGAGGAGGACCAGUACAAAGAUAAAGCAAAGCCAUGCAAUGAGAAGAAUUCAAGUAUGAAAGACAAUGCAGAUGAGUCUGGAUCAGGGUCAAAAAAACCAGUUAAAUUGUGGAGUAUUGAUACAAUUUGUAACUCUGAAACUUCAAAAAAGAAAGAUCCUGAACAAUCCAAAGCUGAAGACGUUGAGGACUUUGCUAUGAGUGGAUUCUUUUUUGGCCCAAGCAGUGCUCAAGUACCGAAGCUGGAUGAAAAAAGUCAGCCCUCCAGCACAAAGGACAAGUCAAGCAAAGCAGCUGAAGCGGAAAAAAGUAAAAUCAAUUCUGAUUCUGCCGUCAAAAGUAGUGCACCAAAAGAGUUUAAUGCUUCUAAAUCCUCUUCUUUCGGGAUUGAUAAACUUUUAAAACCAUCAGAAAUAAACGUUUCCUCGCAGUCUAAGGUAGAAACUUCUGGUGAUGAGUCAUCAUCGCAGAAACCUGAAAAAAAUGCAACUCCUACCUCUAACACAAAUGGCCAGCCACCGCUUACUAAAACCAGUGAAACUAAAAGCACAUCCCUGUCCUCGACCAGCAAUAAGAAAGAUAAUAUGAAUGAUGUCAUCAUUAAUAAUGAAUCCAGGAGUACUUCAGUUCCAUAUGUCUCUGAUUUAUCUAAACUAGCGAGUUUUGUUGAUCAGACCAAUAAAGGGCAUGAGUCGUCUCUUUCUACUUCAAAAAGCUCCAAGCCUAAACCGCUAUCUGAAGAUAAAUCUGUAAAUUCCCCUACAGUAAAACAUACUUCUGAACAAAAAGAAGCGGCAAAGGUUUCAGAGCCCGCCAAUCCUGUCAAGUUACCCGCAUCUGUACAUAGCCAAGUCUCCUCCAAAUGUGACUCAAAACUGUCAGAUUCUAAAGCAAAAUCAAGUAGCACAGAAAAACAACAAGCUGAAACAAAAUCAGUUGAUCAGUCUUUGAAGGAAGGUUCGAAAGAAGGGAUCAAGACUCCGAGCAUAAAAUCAUCAAAAGGUCAAGAUUUUAACUCAUCCAAGAGCACCAAGUCUGUCAAAGACCCUCAAGCAUCUGAUUGUCAUUCCAUUGUCCCUACAAGCAAUCAGCAGAAAGAAGGGCAGGCCGAUGUUCCUGACAGAUCUGAAAGUCAUGAGCCUGAAGAUAAAUCCAGUAAAUUUUCUUCAAAAUUAGAUAAUAAAACGGAGAAAAAGUCCAUCAGCAAACCAGAAAAACCAUCCAAUCCAGUCCCAAAGUCUGAUCCCCUGUCAAAGUCAGAAUUUUCCAAGGAGAAAAUCAGCAAAUCAUCUGGCAAAGAAGAUGCACUCCAUAAGUCCAAAACUGGAAGUAAGCUAUCAGAUCCAUCAAAGGAAACAUUGACGGAUGGCUCUGGAAAGAAACCAGACAGUAAAUUUUCAAGCGAACAGAGUCAGAAAGUUAAGAAAUCCGAACCCAGCUUGGAUGCAAAGUCUACUGGUGCUUCAACUGAUGCGGGAAACAAUUCAAAGAGUAAAAGUUCUUCCACUGAAAAGAUACAGCGAGUAUCUGCAUCUGAAGUGCCCUCCAAAUCAGAUGCUAGGAAUGACAAAGACGUUUCCAAAACCAGUAGCUUUAAUGUCUCUCAGCCAACUACGUGCAAAGCGCCCUCAAAUGCCAAAGAAGAUGCUACUAAAGUGGAGAGCAAGAAACUUGAAUUAUUGUCUCAGGAAUUCAAAGAUAGUGAUGUCUCUAAAAGUAGAGAUAACAAUGCCUCUCAGUCUGCUGUUGAGGUAUGCAAAAAAACUACAACAGCAGCUUCAAAGGGUAACUCUGAAGUUGAAUGUACGAAACCUGAAUCUGUCGCAACAAAAGCCAAGAAAGAUAAAGAUGAAACAGAAGCCUCCAUAAAACCGAAAAAGAGCUUACAAGAGGACAAAAAAGAAGACCCUUCAGUCUUUGGUAAGAAAUCCGAAGCAGCCCCUUCAAAAAUUAAAAAUGACAAAGAAAUGAAGGAAAACACUGAAAAAGCAGGGAAAAAUUUACCAGAGAAGAAAAAGGUUGUGAAAGAAAACAUACCAGAGGCUAAAAAAUGUCAAUUAGAUGUUAAAGAAGAUCCAAAACAUUCCAAAAAAGAGCCCCACAAAAAAGUGGAACUCAAAGAUGAAAACGAAGAAGCAGCCGAAACAAAUUUCCCCCUAAAGACUGAAAAAGAUGAAGAACAACCUAAAAUAUCUGUAAAAGAUGAGAUUCAAGAACCUGAAAAGGAGUCCUGUAAAAAAAUGAUGAAAGAAGAAAGUGAGAAGAGCCCCAAGCCUGAACAAAAAACUGAAGUUGAAUCUAUCAAGAAAGAAGAAUCUGAUGAAAAAGACGAGAGCCAAACACCAGCAGCUGACAAAGGAAACAAGGAUGCUCCAAGUGUAGAACCCAAAAAAAGAGGAAGGAAGAAAAAAAUUAGACCAGAAGAAGAAUCUAAGGAAGAUAAGAAAGAAGAAAAUUCUGAAGAAGCUGCUGGUGCAGGAGAUGAAAGCACCGGGUCUGGAAGGCCUAGAAGAGCUCAACGGCCUCGGAAAAUUGUUGUGCCUCCUCCUCCGCCUCCAAAACCCAGGGGUAGGGCAGCAGCUAAACUUAAAGCUCUUGCUGCAGCUCAGAAAGCGGCAGAAGAAGCAUUGAAAGGAUCAUCUGAAGAGCAGAGCGAGACUAAAGAUGAGGAGAAUGAAAAAGAUGAUGGAGGAGUCAAAGCAGCUGAUGGGGAAGUCGAGGCAGCUGAUCAAAACUCACAGGAAAAAGUCAAAGUCGAUGAUGAAAAUCAGAAAGAGGUGAAGCAACCUGGUAGAAGAGGUCCAAGAGGCCCCUACAAGAAGAAAAAUAAGUCGGCCAAUGAUUCCAUUCUAGAUUCAAUUGAAGAUGUUGUGAAAGGCAGUGGAAAAGCAACAUUUCCAGAC